AUGGCGGGAGCCGCAGAGGAGGUGCCUGCUCAUCAGCUCCAUAGUCCGGCUUUUGACUCGGUCUGGAGCGAGGCUGUGGAGGACUGCAUCGACUUCUUCCAGCGCUCGGCAACGACCAGCACCGGCCGAAGCAUCAGCGUUCAAGUUCCUAUCAAUUGGGGUGACAGAUCCAUGGAGGAUGGCAGAAUUUUUCUAGAUACAACUAGAGCAGAACUACCGGUGUGGCUAUUGAAGUGCCCGCCGGCCUUGUCGAGGGCGUUUCAAUCGGUCGCCUCCAAUUCCUCCGCCGCAACUAGUCCGGUCGUCGCCAAGAUCAUCCAUACUGUUGAUCUCCUCCACCUUGACGAUCCCUCCUCCGAACAAUUUACAUUGGAAAUGAUUCAAACGGAUCCUAAUACACCCAGGAGUUACAAGCUGAACAUGUCCAAAGAUUUUGCACCAAUGUGUGUUUUUUCCAAAUCUAACCAAGGAAAGAUCUCGGUGGAGGGGAAGGUAGAGUGUAAAUUUGACAUGGAACCUCAAAAUUUAAUGGCUUAUAGUAAUUUAUGUCGCGACAGAACGAACAAGGCUGCGGCCGAGACUAGAAAAGUCAAGACUUUCGAGAAUGAUCAUGGCAUGUUCAUGAGGCCAAUGCCCGGCAUAGUUGUUGGCCAACUUCCAUCUAGUUCGAAGGAGAAGAGAAAACUAACCCAGUCUAAGCGGCCGAAUGCCAAACGGGUACGAAAGGACAAAGGAGAAAUGUUGAACAUUCUCUUUAAACUCUUCGAAAGGCAACCCAAUUGGGGGCUGAAGCAACUGGUCCUAGAGACUGACCAACCUCAGCAAUUUCUGAAAGAGUUGUUGAGCGAGAUUUGUGUGUACAACAAGAGAGGACCAAAGCAAGGAACCCAUGAGCUCAAAGACGAAUACAAGAAUUUUGGGAGGAAUCAACAAAAAUGA